UAUUUGGAAUCUGCCGUUACACGCUCACUUGAGAUCAAUAUAACUGGGAUCCGACAAAUAAAUGGGACAACAAAAAUCGCGAGAACUUGAAUCGCUCCAGCUGUGUGCACGGUUCAGUUUUGCCAACUUUGUGUACUAGCCCAUCCGAUCUGCCUCAGUCCGUGCAGGCGCAGCAGCAGCAGCAGAAGAGGAGGCUGGAUGUGGCAGGAGACGGGUCACUGAGCUGCAGCGAGCCGGGUGCGAGUUUCCCAGUCCCCAACUCUCCAAUGUCACCGGGCAGGAUGAUGAUCAUUGGACUUCUGCUCAAUGUCUUCUCUCAUGGUAGUGUUCCAGUAUCUGCAUCCUUAGACUGUCUGAUGGCGGAGCAGGGCUGCAUCCAGGAGCAGUCCUGCAUGGUCCUCUAUCGACUUUUGGAGUACUGUGCAGCUGAGGAGGCGGUGUCGCCCCUUGGCUCAGAUGCCCGUUUGGAGUGCCUGGAGGCCCAGAACUCCUUGCAGCAUUACCGCCCCCUUCAAGUCUGCAAGUGUCAGCGUGGCUCUCGAAGGGAGGAACACUGCCUCAGGGUCUACUGGACUGUGAGAUUUGCAGCAUAUGAUGAGUAUGAGGUGUCUCCAUAUGAAGAACUGGAGUUAAAUCUGGUGAGAAACAUUGAGAUGUCUCGUAUGGCCUCCAUAAUGGCAGCUUCCACUCUUUCUGUGGAUGGCCAAAACCAGUGUCUGAAGGCAGCUCAGGACUGUGGCCUGUAUGAGAAAUGUGGCUCCCUGCGGUCAGAAUAUGUCGUGGCCUGCACCAAGCGGGCAACAGCCUCUGAGAACAGCUGUAACCGCCAGAAAUGCCACAAAGCCCUGCGGCGCUUCCUGGAGCGUGUGCCAGAGGAGUACAGCUUCGCUCUGCUCUUCUGUCCCUGCUCUGACACUCUGUGUGGGGAGCGCCGGAGGAAAACCAUUGUCCCGUCGUGUUCCUAUGAGGAGAAUGUGAAAGGGGAGGAAAGAGUGGGCAAGCCUAACUGUCUGAGCCUGCAGAACUAUUGCUCCAGAGAUGAGCUGUGUAGAUCCCGGUUUGCUGAUUUCCAACACAACUGUCAGCCCUCCCCUCUGUCUGCCUCUGGCUGUAUCCGAGAGAGCAGAGCUAUGUGCUUGAAGGCCUACGCUGGACUCAUAGGAACCAUCAUGACUCCCAACUAUGUGAGCAACAGCAGCACAGAAGUGUCCCAGUGGUGCACGUGUGAAGGCAGUGGGAACGAAUGGCAGGGCUGUCAGCGGAUCCUACAUAUGUUCAGCAACAAUAUAUGUCUGCGCAAUGCCAUCAGCUCCAUGGGAAUCUCCGCUCCUCCUCCGGUGGAAAACACUCCUGUGCCAGCUUCUCAGCCCUCCCCACGCGUCUACCAGGAGAGGGUCCAUGUCAGCGUUAACACUCUCCCUGAAUUCACCAGUAUGGAGGACAGUGAGGGAGAGGAGCAGCAGGAGGAGGAAGAAAGCGAGGAAUUCAACGUCAUCCCGCCUUAUUCUGAGAAGGACUCUAACAUUGAAUCCAGGGCUAGAGGGAGUCAGCGGGGAGCAGCUAGCCGAGCAGUACCUGUGUUACCUUUACUGCUUCUGCCUACACUCAUCCUGGACUGGAAGUGUUGGGGUUACUGAAGCCUCCAUCUCAUCCUCCGCUCAUAUUUUACACUUGCCACCACUUUCAAGUCCAUCACAGCGCUCAGAAUGAACCACACAGGACAUUUGCGAGGAAGAAAUGGAAAUGCUCCUUUUUAACUUUACUCUUUCUUUCUUUUGAUUUUUUUUUUUUAAAUUACCCCAACUUUAUUACUUUAUUAUAUGGUUCUGUUUUUCCAAUCACUGCCUCCUCAAGAGUUAAAAGAUAUCAGUAGCCCUGCAGUAUCUGCCAUGACUUUGCUCAAGUACUCUCCUAUGAAAGGAAGGGAACAACGUGAGCAGAUAUACGAGUGCAUGGGUGAACUGAGAAGUGCUGUCUGGGCAAAUACUCUAUCUGGAGCCUGCUUCACACUCAAAGUACAUCCCCUCUUUUAACAAGAAGCACAUCGCCCAAGGCCACAUCCACUAUACGUGCUCCCAAAACCCAUAAGCAGUCUACUCCACUGCAACCGGACCUGAGCACGGCUUUUGAUUUCUAUUUCAUGACUCAUGUCACAUCCGUUUCUCCUUCCCUCCUUCAUACUGUGGUUGAGUAAGAUAAUCCAUAAUAAGAAACUGCACCACACUUAAACUACUUUGUAACACAAAAACACUUUUUGAAAUGGCUUCAAUUAAAAAGUGAUAGACGUGAACCCAGUGCGUUAUCACAUUAUGUAUAAGAGAUCUUAUGCCCUCUCAACUUUUGGCUCUUCUCACUUUGUGCACCAAAAAAGCAGAUUGCAACAGUGACUCUGCCCUGCUUCUUUAGUUAACACGCUGCUUAGUACUAUGCCUGCCAGGGUGAGUGGCUGAGAAUCCAACCACGGGCAAAAGCAAUGAGAUCAAAUUCUAUUGUAGAAAUGAUGAGCAGAGAAAAGCAACAUAAGCAAUUACAGCACAAUUCAAACUGCUCAGCGUGCAGGGGAAGUCAGGACUAAGGCUCAGGGGAGGAAAUAGCCAAUUUACUGCUGUCAUACCCUCUCACUUUUUUAUCCUUAGGAGAUGUGUUUUUAGUGCUCCCUCUCCUUCCCCCACAUGUGCUUUAGAUGUUGUGAGAGCAAGAUGCAGAGAUAGGGAUGGACACAGGACGCUGUAAAGCCUGCUGGCUGCUCUGAUCAUUGAGCAGCACAUUGAGCCAUUAUCUCUGCCUGAAAUAUCUUUUGCUGAUGUUAAUGAUUUUUUCUCUUAUGGCUCAUUUUCUUGUGAAAUUACACAGCUGCAGGGACGUAGGUAAAGAGAAGGAUAGCGAAGUUUCUUAAGACGGAUAAACUUGUCUAAUUUGAGGAUGAGUUUGCAAGAAAUAACCUGUCUGAGCUCUGCAAGGAAACGUUCUGAAAUACAGUAUAUUCAUGUUUUUUAUUAACAACAAUCGUUGUGUGUAAUGUAAUAUUUACAGUGACUGUGAUGCGGUCCACUGACUUCAUCAUCUUCAAACAGAUCAGUGCAUUUCCAAAAACAAAAUUAAAAUCACUGAUUUACCGUAUAUGUCAAAGGAGCACAGCUAUACGUGCUCAUCCACUCCCACACCAGAACCACAGUUUGAGCUGCAUUUAAAUCAGUAUUAGAUGUUUGAAUAACACUUGAGGAGGCAGUAUGAGCCCCGCCACAUUUUUGACCCCCACCCCCUCCACUGCUGAACCUGUUUACAUGAUGGUUUAUUGACACAAAGGCUGAUGUUUUGAUAAGGACAGAAAGUUUAAAGGCAGAAACGCACUGGAAGCGUAUGAGCUAUGAGCUAUGCUUUUUUUUUCACAUGCAGGUCCAUCACCACUUCAAGCUUUGGUUUGAUUUUUAGAAGUCAUAGUUGGACUAGAAUUGAUGUUGUAAGGUUAGUGGACUUUCGGUGACUGUUACCCACUUCAGGGCAAAAUAACAUCAUGCAGCUUUUUGACCUCAGUUUUGUUGAGGGUUUGGCUACAGGAAGCUAAGAAGUGGAUGAGGAAAAGGUCAGUUAAAGUUCUGAAGUGUGACUGCAAGCUUAGUAGGUAUAAAAAAAGAGCACCUUCUAAGCAGGAAUGACAUGUGUAAGUAACAUAUUUGGACAAUAAUUACAUCCAGUGCGCUCGGGCCUUAACGACUGAAUGUGAGUUUACAUGUAUUUUCACAUUUCAGUAGGUUUGUUUAUAUUUGUAAACUAUGUAAAGUACAUAUUUGCAUCAAACAUGGCUUGUAUUAUUUGAUGAGUUAAGGAAAAGAAAAAAUAACAAGCUCAUUCUCCAUCCAUAAAUGAAAUUCUUGAAGAAAAUGUGUGAAUAUUCCCCAACUUGUUCAUUUUUUAGAUUGUAUCUUGAAAAUUCAGUUGAGAGACUCUGUACAGUAACGUGUUUCACACACUAACUUUGUUUUGAGAACAUAUCAAACAUGCCAAAUAAAAGCUGACUAUAGUGUGUAAUA